AUGGUAUCAAUUGAAAUCUCAGCUGACCAAGAAUCAAAAUUGCAUUCAAUACUUGAUAAAGGCUUAGAAGUUUUCAAUUUGAAGUCUGAGCUAUUUUCUCCUAGUAAGUCAGUCUCAAAUACUAUCACAAGUAACCAAUCACUUUCAAUCUCUGAAGCGACCUUUAAAAAUGAGCUAGAAAAACUUCAAGAAAAAAUCAUCUCACUCGAGCAAAAGCUAAAACCUACUAAAAGCAUCCAGAAUACCCCAAGAUUCCAAAAAAGCCUUAAAAAAUCGAAAUCCAAAGUUGAGUUUGAAGAUCCCUAUGAUUUCCACUAUAAAAAGCCCAAAACUCCUAAAAAAUCUAAAAAGCCGAAAAAAAGCUUUCACCGAAUAUUUAAUGAGCUUACAGAAGAAUUAAAUUAUGAAAUAGAAUCAAAUGAAAAGUUACGAAAAUCAAACUUAAAGCUAAAAAACGAAAUUAUUUCCUGUAAAAAUCUAAAACCUAGGCUAAGAACUCUAAGAGAAGAUUUUGAACUUCUUACUCAAUCAUAUGAGCGCUCAGAAGAAAUUAGGAAGAAACAAAAAGCGAUAAUUGAAGAUUUAAAGCAGCAACUACCGUCGAUAUCUCCGCCUAUUUCAGAAUACUCCAAAACCUCUCCAAUAAUAAAACAAAAACAAGGAAGAAUUUCGAAACUAACAAUCAAACAAUAA